UCUUCAGAGCUCAAGAAACCCUAGGCGUCCCCGACCGCCAGAAAUCAACAUCCACGCAAAUCUCCUCCGUCGAUCUCCCCUCCCCCUUCGGCGACCUCGCCGUCGCCAUCUCCGACGACGAGCUCCGAGAAGCCGCCUACGAGAUCCUCUCCAGCGCUUGCCGAACCUCUGGCAGAAGCCCCAACUCUUCGGAACCCCCGAUGUCGAGUCCUUCGUCUUCGUUCUCGUCGCCGCCGAGUUUUCAGCGGUCGCUGACGUCGACGGCGGCCAGUAAGGUGAAGAAGGCUUUUGGGAUCAAGUCGUCGUCGUCGUCGUCAAAGAAGAAGAGUCCUUCGAUGGAGAGUCCACUGAAGGUGAUAGGUUUGAUGAAAAGGAAGAAGGUGACGGUCGGGGAGCUGGUCAGGGUUCAGAUGGGAGUAUCGGAGCAGUCGGAUUCCAGGAUUCGGAGAGGGUUAGUUCGGGUUGCUGCGAGUCAGCUUGGGAGGCGCAUAGAUUCGAUGGUUUUGCCGUUAGAGUUGUUACAGAAGUCCAAAGCUUCAGAUUUUCAAGAUCCACAAGAGUAUGAUGCAUGGAAGAUUAGAAAUUUAAAGGUUCUUGAAGCUGGGUUGCUCGCGCACCCUCUCGUUCCGUUACAGGAGUCAGAUGCUGCAGCGCAACGGCUUAGGCAAAUUAUACGUGCGGCUUCGGAGAGGCCGCUUGAAACAGGGAAGAACUCAGAGUCAAUGCAGCUUCUGCGGAAUUCUGUCAUGAGCCUUGCUUGCAGAUCAUCUGACGGAUAUGCUACUGAUACAUGCCACUGGGCGGAUGGCUUUCCGUUGAAUCUCCAUUUGUAUCAAAUGCUAUUGGGAGUUUGUUUUGAUAAUGGUGAGAAUGGGUCGAUCAUUGGAGAGAUCGAGGAGGUCCUUGCGUUGAUAAAAAAGACAUGGGCUGUCCUAGGAAUAGAUCAGAAGCUUCAUAACCUUGUCCUCUUGUGGAUUAUGUUUCGUCGUUUUGUAACAACUGGCCAAAUGGAUAUGGAUCUUCUGUUUGCCGCUGACAAUCAGAUAGGCGAGGUUCUGAAGGAUGCUAGAUCCACAAAAAAUCCAGAAUAUUCAAAAGUACUGAGUUCGGUAUUCAGUUUGAUAAUGCGCUGGUCAGAGAAAAGACUUAUUGCUUACCAUGAUAGCUUCAACCCUAACAAUAUUGAAUCCAUGGAGUGUAUUGUCUCGUUAGGGGUAUCAGCUGCCCAGAUACUAGCGGAGGAUAUUUCUAAUGAAUGUCAUCAGAGAAUGAGAGAAGAAGUGGAUAUUGCUAGAACUAGGACUGACACAUACAUUCGAUCAUCUCUCCGUGCUGCAUUUGGUCAGCUAAUGGGAAAAGCAGACUCAAGUAGGCACACAUCAAGUAACCAGAGUACCACCGCUCACCUUCUUGUAGUUCUUGCUAAGGACAUUGGUGAUCUUGCAAACAAAGAGAGAGAAUUUUACAGCCCAAUAUUGAAGAAAUGGCACCCUCUAUCUGCUGGUGUUGCUGCUGCUACUCUUCAUUCUUGUUACGGAAGCGAACUAAAGCAGUUUAUCUCAGGUCUUACAGAACUGACUGUUGAUUCUGUCCAAGUAUUGAGAGCUGCAGACAAGUUGGAGAAAGAUCUUGUGUAUAUUGCUGUAGAAGAUUCUAUUGACAGUGAGGAUGGCGGGAAGGCACUAAUCCCUGAGAUGACUCCUUUCGAGGCUGAAUCUACGAUUGCUGGUCUUGUGAAGACAUGGAUAAAAACAAGAGUGGACAGGCUAAAAGAGUGGAACGACAAGAAUUUUCAACAAGAGGCUUGGAAUCCAAAGGCAAACAACGAAAUUAUUGCUCCAUCAGGAGUUGAUAUUCUAAGAAUAGUUGACGAAACUUUAGAUGCAUUCUUUCAGCUGCCUAUUCUAAUGCAUCCAGCUGAGCUUCCUUAUUUGCUGAUCGGACUUGACAGAAGCUUGCAGUAUUAUAUAUCCAAAGUUAAGUCUGACUGUGGAACACGAAACACUUCCAUUCCUGCAUUACCAGCAUUAACCAGAUGCGGGGCUAGCUCAAGGUUAUGGAAGAAGAAAGAGAAACCACAAAUUGUGCGGAAAAAAGGAUCACAGGUUAGAGCAGCGAUUGGACAAGGUUCGUCUGGUUUGCCACAGUUAUGUGUGCGUAUGAAUACACUGUAUCAUAUCCGAACUGAGUUAGAAAACCUAGAGAAGAAAAUAAAAACCUGCUUGAGGAACGUCGAAUCAGCUCAAGCAGACAUAACAAACGGGUUCGGAAACAAAUUCGAGCUUUCCCUAGCUGCUUCUCAAGAAGGAAUUCAACAAUUGUGUGAAUCAACAGCUUACAAAGUUAUCUUCCAUGAUCUAAGCCACGUUUUAUGGGAUGGCCUCUAUAUUGGAGAAACUGCUUCUUCUAGGAUAAAUCCUCUACUAAAAGAGCUUGAUCCUAAAUUAGAAAUUAUAUCAACCACAGUGCACAAUAAAAUACGAAAUCAAGUGAUAACCGCAUUAAUGAAAGCUUCCUUUGAUGGGUUUUUGCUGGUGCUCUUAGCUGGCGGCCCUUCUCGUUCUUUCACUACUCAGGAUUCUCAGAUAUUAGAGGAUGAUUUCAGGGCUCUUAAAGACCUUUACUUGGCUGAUGGUGAUGGUUUGCCAGAAGAAUUGGUUGAAAAAGCCGCAAGUCAAGUGAGAAACAUUCUACCUCUUUUUCGAACUGAGACAGAAAGCCUUGUUGAUCGUUUUAAACACAUGAUCAUCGAGGCUUAUGGUUCUAAAGCCGAAUCGAGAUUUCCGUUGCCUCCAACAUCGUGGCAUUGGAGUCCUACCGAAGCAAAUACAAUUUUGCGCGUUCUUUGUUAUAGGCGAGAUGAUGCUGCUUCGAAAUUCCUUAAGAAAACUUACGGAUUUCCUAAGAAGUUGUAACUUUUUGGGGUUUUAGUGUAUAGUAAUAUGCAGUAGAUUCGCCCAAGAAUGCUUCUUCUCACUCUCCAUAUGGAAGUUCAGAAGAGAAAGUUGGAAGGAGAAAUUGGAUAAGUGUGGCAUAAUGAAGGGGAGAGAAUUUAUGAGGCGUGAAACACUUCCCUUAAAGAAAUAUUUGACCCACUUUAAAUUCAAAAUUACUUUCAGGUUAAUGCAAUUUUUCUUCCCAGGAUACAACAGAAAAUAAAAAUUCUUUUAUAGAGAAACAAGU